AUGGAUCCUUUCAGUGCAUUGAGUCUCGCCUGCAACGUCACUCAGCUUGUGGAACAAGCCAUCGAAGCCGUCAAAAUAUGUAAACAAGUUUGUGAUCGAGGAUCCCUGGCAGAAAAUGAUAAGAUUGAGAGCUUCGCCAUCGCCAUCAGCACAGGUUCCGCCGAAGUCACGCAACAGCUUACAGGGAAAAGUCUCUCAAUCCGUGACAAGCAGCUGAAAAGCUUAGCUGAUGAUGUUUUGUCCACGGCUACGAGCCUGCAAACCGUGCUCAAUAAGAUCAAAUAUGCCAAAGCUCAAGGUAAAGGACAACCUCGGGCCUUCAAGCAGAUCGUUCGAACCAUGAUCAACCGCGGAUCUAUCCAGUCGCUCGAAAGCCAGCUCCAAUGCCAAGAUACUGCCCUCCGUUCGAUGAUCCUCAAAGAUCUUUAUCAAAGGGAAACGUCUACUAUGCUCACCAAGAAGCCAUCUAGUUUCCGGUAUCGUUCUGGGGAGGCUCAACAAGCAAAUGGGAUAUCCAAACUGGGCCAGCGGCAGCAAGAAAUAUUGGAUACGAUUUUGAAUGCCACAAACAAGCAAGCGAAUAGCAUACUGCGGUCACAGGAGAUCAAUGCUACUCAGAUGGCGGCCCGGGUCGCCAUGGCAGAGCGGACACUACUUGACAACAAUCAACAACUGCACACCGAUGCUAAACGAACAGCCCACAGUAUUGAGCGGACAAUACUAGCUCAUGCUUCCAAAGCCCGUCUCGACAUCAUCCAGCAGGGUUCCAAGAACCAUGCAUCGAUAUUGCAGGAGGUAAAUGCUGCAGAGCAGAGCAUCCUCGCCAACAACUCCCAGUCUGAAGCGAGAAUUCGAACGGAUUUGGAACAAAGGCAAGAACGAAAACAGCGGAAUGACAAUCAGCGCCAGAUCAUGGAUAGCCUCUUCUUCGCCGAUCUCCGGCAGCGCCAGGAUAUGAUUGAAACUCGUGUUUCCGAACUUGGCAACUCGUUCCGCUGGGUCUUCGACACUGAUCUAAAUACUUCACAUCAUUUCGUUGACUGGCUCGCGAAAGGCACGGGGAUCUUUUGGGUCAACGGCAAGGCUGGUAGUGGGAAAUCGACUCUUGUCGACGUCAUCUAUCAGAACUUGAAAAAUCGUUCAAGGGGCUACGAUCAAUUGAAGAAGUGGGCCGCCCCCCAGGACGUACACAUUCUCCCCUUCUUUUUUUAUCGUCCAGCCAGUAGUGCUCUCAAAACUUUUCAUGGACUUUGGAUGUCUCUGUGCUAUCAAAUUCUGAGCCUUGACCCUGGCUUAUUCGAUCUCGCCGCUCAAGAUGGCAAGGCCCCAGAAGCCUUUUUACGGAGGUUACGUGGCGACUUCACUGACCGCCUUUGGAUGACGCAAGAGCUGAAGCAAAUCACCACAUAUCUGUUCCAUAAGUCUGCAACUCGGAUCAAAUACUGUUUAUUGCUGGACGGCUUGGACGAGUUCUCAGACAACCAGUAUGAUUUGAUCCAGACCCUGAGGAAAAUGACCGCAGAGAAUCCCAAUAUCAAAAUCUGCUGUUCAAGCAGACCAGAAGCUCCGUUCGAGAAUGGUUUCAAAGAAUGUCCUUUCCUCAAGCUCCAAGAUCACACGACAAACGACAUGAUGGAGUAUUGUCUAGCUGAGCUGGCAGACACCCCCGCGCGCCAGCUUUGCCAACGUAUUGUGCAAAGAGCUGAGGGUGUUUUCCUGUGGGUUUAUAUCGUUGUGAACGAGCUCAAAGCCGCAGCAGCCCGGGGGGAUGAUAACGAUGAGUUAUGGCAGCGAUUCCACCAAUGUCCAGAUGGAAUGGUUGGGCUGUUCGCCCAUAUGCUCGAGCGUUGUGAUCCCUACUAUGCCAAAAAUCCCAAGCCCUACUUGCGCCUGUUGGAUGUUGCUCUGUCAAUGGGUUUAACGCUCACGCUGUACGAACUCAUUCUGGUCUCGUAUCCACUAAAAGAUCUCAAAAUUAUGCUCGGCGAUGUUUUCACUGAAAAGACCUUGAAAGAACUCGAGCAAAAAGCCACAGUUGCUGAAACACAGAUCGUUGCCCGGUGUGCGGGACUUGUGCAGUUCGUGCCGGCAUACUCCGGUAAUCGCGAUGAAUUCCUCGACAGAACUGAUCUGAGUAACCUUCAAAGGGCCCUUAACAUUCAGGCACAGUUCAUUCACAAAACCGCCAGGGACUUCCUGAGAGAGGCUCCGGAGGGCCGUGCCUUCUUCGACACGAACACUAUCUCGGAACCCGAUGCAAGACUUACCCUGGUCCUGACAAGUACUGCGUUGCUGCCACUGAGAGAUAUUUUGAACGAUGCGCCAAUGGUGAUUACAUGCUCGGGGUGGAAGGUGUGCGCCUAUGAGAAGGAGAUCGAUCAUACUGAUGCAGCCAAUUCCGAAUGCGCCGAGGUUUUGCGUAGGUAUUCAAUUCAAAUGAUCAGCUUCCUUGCCUCCCCUGAGGCUGCAAGACUGAAAACGGUCGCUCCACCAACAACAGCAUGGCCUGUCGAGUCAUCUCAAGAAUCUCCAGUUGGUUCCAUACCCAGUGCGAGAACGAAAACACCCACUCAGCUGGAGCUUGACGAUUACGAGAAGUUGGCGUUUAAGCUCCAAUACAACAUGCAUAAUCACGGCAGGCGCGCAUUACGGUUGUUCCGGAAACGGCACACUUAUGGCAAGGUUGCUUUUACACGACGAGCCCCAGGUAAAGCCAGAAUCUCUGCGACCCAGGAGACUAUGGAGGUGCCUGUGGCUGCGAAUGCAACCUUGAACUCCUGCACUAGCCUCGAUGGCAGCCUCGAUGGCAGCCUCGAUCACCAAUAA